AUGUCUACGAACGAUCUGACGAAGAAACCGUCGUUGAAUAAGGGAUUCAUGAGUUUUUUGAAGCGCGCGGAGGAGGAUAUCGUGGAAAAGGCGGCGCAGGAGGCGGACGCCGCGGCGGCGCAGGCGAGCGAGGCGCGCGCCAAGGCGGAUGAGGCGCAGAAAUCGUCCGAUAUCGAGAAGCAGGAGGCGGUGCGGGCGAUUCUGACGACGCAGAAGUCGCUCAAGGCGACGGCCCAGCUCGAGAAGACGCUAUCGAAGAAGGCGGCGAGGAACGACCAGCAAGCCGCGGCGAAACUCGAGGAAUUGAAGAAGGAGCGCGAGGCCGAGGAGGCGAAGAUCGAGCAGCACCAGGAAGCUUACAAUAAGGCGGAGGAGGAAGUGGCGAAGGCGACGAAGGAAGCCGCCGCCGCCACCGCCGCCGCCGCCGCCAAGGCUGCCGAGCUCGAAGAGAUGAAGAAGGCGGAGGAGGCAAAGGCGAAGGCUGAAGAGGAAGCCGCCGCCGCCAAGGCUGCCGAGGAGGCUGCCGCCAAGAAGGCCAAGGAAGAAGCCGCCGCCGCCAAGGCUGCCGAGGAGGCUGCCGCCAAGAAGGCCAAGGAAGAAGCCGCCGCCGCCGCCAAGGCUGCGGAAGAAGCCGCCAAGAAGGCGGAAGACGAAGCCAAGGCUGCCGCCUCUAAGAAGGCUGAAGAGGAAGCCGCCGCCGCCAAGGCUGCCGAGGAGGCUAAGGCCGCCGCGGAAGAAGCCGCUAAGAAGGCUGAAGAGCGAGCGACUAGAGCAGCUAGUAAAGCUAAGGAAGAGGCCGAGGCGGCCGCGAAGAAGGCUGAAAAAGAAGCCGCCGAAGCCGCCGCCGCUCAUCAAAAGGCUGAAGAGGAAGCCAAGGCUGCUUCUGAAGCUGCCAUGCGGGCUGAAGAAGAACGCAAGAAGGCCGAGAACAACUCUCUUAUCGCGGUACCGUUCAAGAUUUUUGGCAAGGCUCUCAGCAUAGGUGCCAGCGCCGUGAACGCCGUCGGCAAGACUGUUACGGGUGGUGACAAGAAGGUUGAAGAAAAGGAAAAGGUUACGGGUGGUGAUGCGAAGACUGAAGGAAAGACUGAAGAAAAGGUGAAGGUGGAGGUGCCUGUCAUCGAACAGCAGUCUUCUGGCCUCUGCGGCCUCGGUAUCUGCUGUUUCUAG